CCACUGUUCCGGCGAAAUUAUGUUUGUGUCGAUUUAUCGCAAUCUGGCAACACUCUUUUCCAUUUCUUUCCCUCUGUCAGAAAUACGCCCUAACAUUCGUCUGCCUCUCGUUUCUAUGUCAGGUUGUCAGAGUUUGAGUUCUUCUAAAUCACCGGCAUUUACGUUUCUUUCUGUGAUUUUGUUCCAUUUUUCUGUCUAACAGAGCUCAACUGUCUUGAGAUAUUCUGCAUUCUGUCAGUUUAUUCCACUGUGUGAUUCGUUCUAUGGUCUACAAAGCUUGCAAGCAACUUAUGUUUUGUCCUUGCUUCGCAGGCACCAUCGUUAACUCUCACAGUCAUACUGCCAUUCUGGCAGACAAAUCUUUACUCACAAUACAUUGAAGAGAAAACCACUACCGGCCUAUGCUCUAAUUUAGCUCUUGAAAAUUUGGUCCUUCGAACCGGAGCUUUAGUCAGUGAAGGUGGUGGCCAGCUUAUUCUUCAGCCAACAUCCAUUGUUGGCCAGCCAACAUCAUUCUGCUACACGAGUCCUGUAGCCAGCCUUCUACUGCCAGCAUUUACAACGUUGGCCUGUCAUCAUCCUGCUGUUCAAGUCCAUCGUGUGCAGCCAUUCUACACAGCCAACAUCUAUUGUUGGCCAGCCAUCAUCCUGCUACACGAGUCCUGUAGCCAGCCUACUACAGCCAGCAUUUACAACGUUGGCCAGUCAUAUCACUGCUGCCCAGUUCUUCAUGGUCAGCUGCUUCCCACAUUCGUCAUUGGUUCUUCAUCCUUCUACUGUCCAGGCCUUCGUGGUCAGCUUGCGUCAACCAACGCUUCCGUCAACGUGAGCUGUGUAUUUACUCCACCCAUAUGCCUUAUAUGAUUCAUCCAACUAGAUCAACCGAAGCCCAGGCAGCUCAUGCCCAAUCCGCUCAAGCCAAUUCAGCCAUGCCGAAUCCUGGUUUCGGAUCCAGCCAAGAAGAAGACGAAGGUCGAAAGGUGAGCCCACCUGCUGGAGAUGUCGAGCUCACAAAGAAGAGGAGAACCACCGUCCGCCGUCAGAUCACCUCGACGAUUCGACAGAUUCGUGCCAGUAUCGAUCAGUGUGGAUCGCGUGGAAGUAUAGCUGGCCUCGUCAAACACCUCCAGAGCUUAGCAACAACAGCUACACUCUUGCACACUGACUUGCUAAUAGUCGAAGAUGCAAGUGAGACCGAAAGGCAAGAGGACAAACAUUUGAUGUAUGUUCAACAGAUAGGGGACGCGAUCGCCGAAGCUGAUGAACACCUGAAGUCAAGAGCUGACGAAGCCCCUUCGGUAGUGAACGGCGGACGCGCUAAGAGAGUGACAGAAGAGGAGAUUCGCGCAGCAAAGCAACUGAUCGAGCAGACCCGUACACUAGCAGAGCAGGCUCGAAAGCGAGCGGAGGAACUUCAGAUUCAACAACAACAAGCAGAGGAGGCUCUCCAAGAUCUACAGCAAGACGAUGCCAACCCCGACAACUUCUCUUCCGUAAGCAAUAGGGGCGGAUCAUUUACGAAAUUGGCAGCAGAUUGGAAACGAAAGCAAGCUCAGCAGAAUACCGCUCCCGACGAUUGGAUUGACGGUUAUGCCAACGGAACAUUGAAACCUAUCUACACAGCUGGAUCCCGAUCGUCAGUGAAAGCAGACCUAGAGCCCUUUUCCGGAAGAUCCCUGGACUGGUUCGCGUGGAUCGACCUUUUCCGCGCUUUAGUUCACGACACAGCAAAAUCACCAGGGGAAAAGUUGGCGCUGCUUCAUCGUUACGUGAGAGGAGAUUGUCUCGACGUGAUCCAUGGCCUAGGAGGAGGAGAAGGAGCUUAUAUUGAGGCUCUGAUACGCCUCAAGGAGUCAUGUGGUCGGCGCGAUGUGAUGCGGGCCGCUCAUAUACAAGCCAUAGAAGGCCUCGAACUCAAAAACGAUCCCGCCAUCUUUAAAAGGUACGCUGAAAAGGUACGGACUCAUCUGUUUGACCUCUCUCGUAUCGGGGAGACGUCUUCUGCGGGAUUGAUUGAGAAGAUUUGCUUGAGGCUUCAGCUACACGACCGUCUAGCAUGGAACGAUGGCCGAAAAGGAGGCCAUCCGAAACCUAGUUUGAAAUGUUGGUCUCUUAACCAGGGAGGAUCUCAUCGCCACGGUGGAAGAUCGUUCACAUUGCUGUAA